AAACAGUGUUCAGCACAGGAGGAGGGAGCGCAGGAGCUGGAAGUGACUUGUAAACAUGCCGGUCAUUACAAUCGAGGAUAAGGAUAGCUUUGAUAAAGCGCUGCGGGAUGCAGGAAGCAAGCUGGUGGUGGUGGAUUUCACAGCCACAUGGUGCGGCCCCUGCAAGAUGAUCGCCCCUUACUAUAAAGAACUGUCUGACAACCCUCAGAACAGCAACGUGGUGUUUCUUAAGGUGGACGUGGACGAUGCACAGGACGUAGCCGCUCAUUGUGAAAUCAAAUGCAUGCCAACUUUCCACUUCUACAAGAAUGGAAAAAAGAUUGACGAAUUUUCCGGAGGCAACAGAGAUAAACUGGUAGAAAUACUUAAUAAACAUAAAUGAAGCAGCACACACGCAAACACACACACACACACACACAUUACAAUGUCUUAACUGUCCCUUGCAGAAAGCUGUAUUGCAAUCUCCUCAUUCUCUACCACCAAACUACUGCCCCUUUCUCCAGCCCAGCCUUUUACAAAUAAUGUUCUUUUGUGUUUAGUUUUCCUUUUUUUUUUUUUUUUACGUUUUGCUUGCCAUAAAUGACAUAUGUAUGUAUGUUAUGAAUUUUUUAUAGCAGACUCAAUAAAUAAGAUAUGAUGACGAACA